AUGAAGGGGAAGUUCAAAGUGGUGAAGGCCGGAACGGGCGAAAAGAUAUUGGAAUCGGAGGAGAUCGCCAUGGAGAGCUCGGGCCUCAGCUUUCGUGUCUACUGCCCCCAGCGGAUGGAGAUGAAGGUGAUGUCCCUCUCCCCCAACGACACGGUGGCCAGGUGCCUGGCCGACAUCGAGCGCGCCUUCGACAAGGUGACCACCAACAGCUCCAGUUACGACCAGCACUACAACUUCAACAACACGCUUGGCGUACAGCGGGGCCUUUUCUGUCCCAAGGCCCAACUGCUUCGCAUCUUCACCGACGCCUACUCCAACUCACCCGCCAGCCCCAAUCGACCCCGCGCCGAACUCAAGCCUUCGCAGCUCUGGCUCCAGUCGUCCGGCAACCGUUGGAAGCCGGUCCAGACCGCCCGCAAGGGUGGGGUCGAAAUGGGCCGACGGAAGACUGCCAACGAAGCCGACCUGACGGUGCCCACGCCAUCGCCCGUGUCGAACGGGGAGGUCUCGCAAGACGACGAAGACGGGGCGAGCGAGGCCACCGACUCGUCGACCGACCUGCGCGAGAAUGAGUCUGACGACGACGUGGACGAUAUCGACGACGACGACGACGUCGAAGAAGGCCACGCCGCCAGUAGCAGGGAAAGAAAGCCGCAAGGAGGGGCGCUGCAGUGGUCUCGGAGCGGCCUUUCCGUUUCGUCGCCGACCUUGCCCCAGGGUCCAGACGACUGGGACAAGGACGACGAAGAAGAGGUGGCGGCCAAGGGCGACGGACGAGGCAGUGCUUCCUUCAGCCCCACCCAACUACGGCGCACCACCGGCGGCCUUGAAGGCGGAGAAGAGCAAGAGGAGGUGCUGGGGAGGCGCAACCGGUCGGCGGCCCAGCUGAGGCGGGUGAACUCGGUGGGGCUCAUCAAGAAGGGGAACGAUCCCCAGCACACCAGCGGCGAGGAGCGACCGAGUGUCAUGGGCGAACUCCAGGAGCGGAUGCAGAAGUUGAAAGCCGAGGCCAAAGAGCAUGACAAGGAGGAGGGCGUGUGGCUCGAGAACAGCCGAAUGCUAAUCGACUACAACUUCAAGCACGGGACCCUGCUGUUGCUGCGCCUUCUGCCUACUGACUCGAACCCGAUGAAGGGUUCCGCUUCCGCUAUGACGCCGCUCAGCAUGUCCUUCGGUUCGGCCAUCACCGAGCAGCCCCCGCACCCGGUGCUCGACCGGUCGCGGGACUCCAGCACCCCGUCGCCCUCGCUCCCUUGCCGCCCUAUCGGGUCUACGUGGUUCCCCCUCCAGGAGCAGUCGUACGAGCUGCCCGACGGUCAGGUCAUCACCAUCGGUAACGAGCGUUUCCGCGCCCCCGAGGCCCUGUUCCAGCCCUCGUUCCUCGGCAUGGAGUCGGCCGGUAUCCACGAGACCACCUACAACUCGAUCAUGAAGUGCGACGUCGACAUCAGGAAGGACCUCUACGGCAACGUCGUCCUGUCGGGCGGUACCACCAUGUUCCCCGGCAUUGCCGACCGCAUGCAGAAGGAGCUCACCGCCCUCGCGCCGUCGACCAUGAAGAUCAAGAUCAUCGCUCCCCCCGAGCGCAAGUACUCCGUGUGGAUCGGUGGCUCCAUCCUGGCCUCGCUCUCCACCUUCCAGCAGAUGUGGAUCUCCAAGGAGGAGUACGACGAGUCUGGCCCCUCCAUUGUUCAUCGCAAGUGCUUUUGA